GUUUAGUACAAUUGCAACAGUGGUAGAUGCGAAAGAAAAUAUAUUCAAUAUUGAAGACAAUUGUUAAACUGUUAUGGUUUCUCUUCGAACUGGAAUGCCUGACGACAAUUCCUUUCAAAUACGUUUAGUACAGAGUUCCCUAUUACGAAGUGUCAAACGAUUUUUGUGGUCUACAAUUUGACACAUCCUAAGGAAUGUGCUAUAAUUUUAAUUAUGAUUUUACUGUGUGGAAAAAGUGCUACAUUUAAUGAUGUGCAAAAUAAAUAAUUUUUUAACCGUUUCAUUCUACAUAUUUUGGAUUUCUAGUGAUGCUCAGGUUAAAUGCUACUUCAACGAUGGUCUUAAUCCUGUGACGUUCGACUCAAGAGUAUGGGAUCAAUACGAACGCAACCCUCGUGUGGCUCCUCAAAACAAUGAGCUGGCAUGUGAAAAACCUAACAUUUAUAUAUGCGAGGAACCUCUGGAUGCAAUUCCAGUUGACAGCGGCAAGACCUGCAACUUCCGGAAUGUUUGGUACCAUGAACAGGUGUUCAAGUGGGUCGCAGGAUGGGGAUGUCUCCUCUAUACUCCAAACUUCCUUUACGUAGGAGGGAGGAACCCCAUAAAUUUGAGUUCAAGAUGUGUAUAUGGGAAUGUUUUUGCGCCGUGCUUGGAAAUAGCUCGAGAUGAUGGCACAUGCGGAUGUUAUCCAUUUGAUCCUAACUUCGAAGAAGUAGCGGUUGCAGUACGCAACGCAUUAAUACCAUCGGCGCAAGGACGAUGGGAAAAUUGUUACUACGCAGCCAGUGACUGCUGUAGUCAUUUUAUGAAUGAAAAUAUGUACGAAAGUGGUCAAUGUGGACCGACAUUCGACGGUUGGACUUGCUGGCUACCCGCGAAGAACGGCACAACCGCCAAUUCCGUGUGUCCGGAAUUCGCCUACUCCAACACCGGCCCAUCCUGCUAUCACUACAGUAAUAAGCCGUGCUACGGUAACGGCACCUGGGAGCAGCAGACCGACUACAGCACGUGCAGCGUGACGCCACGCCUGCUGCGCCGCUACCGCUACCACAUCGCAAUGCUCGCGUUCUCCAUCGCGGCGUGCUUGCCCGCGAUCUUCAUAUUCUUCAUCUACAAACGUCUUCGCGUCAUCAGAGUCGCCUUGCACAGGAACUUGCUCAUCGCUAUCGUGAUGAGAAAUAUUCUCGUUAUUGUCAGUAGAAGCGAGAUCUACAUAAAUGAAUUAAUCACCGUAGAUGAUACAGCGAUGUCGUUGCAUGGGAUCGCUUGUAGAGUGUUAGCUGUAUCGGAGCGCAUCGCCGCCAACGCGGUGUUUGUAUGCAUGUUGGUGGAAGGCAUAUACUUACACAGGCUGAUCGUAGCGGUCUUCAGGCAGAAACUGAAUAUAAUAUGGCUGUAUGCAGUAGGAGCAGUGAUCGCCGUCUUGCCGGUAGUGGCAUGGGCCAUAGUCAUGGGCUUACACAAUGACCAUUCAUGCUGGGUGGUGUACACGGUGGACCACAUUCAGUGGGCGCUUGACGGUCCACGCAUCUUUAUUCUUGCUCUCAACACGAUUUUGUUCAUAGAUGUUUUAAGGGUUUUGCUAACUAAGAUACGGAACUCAGAAAAUGCUAACCAACUAAACACUGUAAAGGCAACGUUAUUUCUGAUGCCUAUUUUCGGAACGCAGUUCAUCUUUACCGCCAUCAGACCGAAGACGACUGAUUGUGCAUAUGAGCAAACGUAUUACUUUAUUGCUUAUACUAUUGAGGGCUUGCAGGGGCUCGUGGUUGCUAUACUUUACUGCUACGUGAAUAAAGAGGUCCAAACACUUAUUAAGGCAACUUACAAAAAGGCCAAAAAGACAGUGGUGUCUGGCAUCCGAGAUUCAAACUAUCCUAGAUUCAGUACCGAUCCCAAUACUGAUCGAAGACUUACUUACACCACGGGUCUCCACUCGCAGAACACAGAGUAUAUCAAAAAUCGAUAUUCGACAAUCACACCGAAAUUACAUGUCGCUGAAAUCAUUUCGAUACAGGCAAGCGAACGGUUAGCUGAAAUACUCGACCCAAUAUACGAAACUAUCGAUACUAGUAUGGUUAACGAAGGCUACGAUUACUUAGAACGAUCCGACUGCGAUAAUAACUCCGGAUACAUCCCAAAUAGAAAUUCUAAAGUCGAAGAAUACUAUGGUUUUACAAACGCUUCGAGUGUAUCAAUUGGAUGUCCUGAUUGGCUUAAAUGUGUUUCGCCAAAUGAUAGUGAAUAUAACAACUCCGUUACCACGACUGAUGUAUCACAAGGUAAGGAUAAAACCGAUAAAAUUCAGACAGACCAUGAAAUGAAUAUAUUAAGUAAUCAAGAGGUCGAGGAAAAUAUAAAAUUACCGGAAGACUAUUAUAAAGAUUCCUUUGAACCACGUUCUUCAUAUGAUAGUAUGAAUGCGGUUGAACAUGAUAACAAAUCAACUCUGGAAGAUAUUGAUAUAGAAUUGAAAAACUGUAAUAAAACUAUGCUUGAUGAAAUAAUGCAAUAUAUGGUAAAUAGUAGCAGCGAAGACGUCAAACUGGAUCCUGAUCUUCUAUCACCAAACAGACCCGAAACGGAUAGAAUUAUAUUUUUAGACGAAUGA